UUGCUCUUCAGCUCCCUCCUCCCCUUCGUCAUCGCACCAGCUCAUUAAACUCACUUUGUCCCCUCUUUUGAACCCAAUUGCUGUUCCUACACUCCCACACACUUGUCGCGAACACUGCAAAGUCUGUCGCUCACCAGCAUUCUAUCUAGUUCAUCGUCGACGGUAACUGGAUCAUCAAUCAAUCAGCACCCAACGAGCCUGAUCUCGAGGGUAACGUCAAUAACUUCAUCACUCCCGAUCAACUUAACACCGAAACCCCUGGCGCCGCUGUACUCAACACUGUGACUCCUUCGUCUACAACCGCUGCGAUGGCUGCCGAACAACCCAUUGAGAACAAGCUCACCGAGCAGAAGACUCUGGAUGAUAAGCCUACCCAAGACGAGAAACUGCCUCUCGAGACCCCUUCUGACAUCCCUGGUGGCUUCCCCGCUACACCUGCCAACGAGCUCGACAACACCAUUGGCAUUAACCCUCUCCCCGCUUCUGAGGGUGCCGGAAACCCCAUCAAGCUAGAGCCUGGCGAGAAGAUUCCCGAAUCUAUCACCGCUCAAAGCACCGACAAAUACGUCAAGCUCGACAAGGAAUCAUACGAGAAGAGCGACGCUCUCCCUGGCAUUGAGACCGAGCUUCCCCCCGUAUCUUCCAAUACCAUUCCUGAAUCCAGCCUGCCCAUUAUCGGCGCACAGGAUGCUAUCAUUAACUCCGCUGCUCCCACAGCUACUACCGCCGGCCUCGCCGCCGAGGUCCCCCUCGAGUCCAACGGUUCUUUCGUCCCCGAGGUUGUGAGAGAGAGCCAGGAGAAGGUUGGCGCUGUUACUGAGGCCAGCACCGACCCUACGGAGGUCAAGGAAAAGACCAUGGUUGAGGAAGAGCUCAAGGGAACAGUGCCCGAGGCACCCGCUACUUCAGUAGGAACCGCUGGUGUUGGUACCGAGAAGUCCGAGAACACACCGGAUACUAGCCUCGCCGCUCUGGCUGCUACUGCCGGUGGUGCUGUGAUUGCUGCUGGUCUUGCUGCUAAGGAGACAGUGGAGGAGAAGGCUGGCCCUGCGCUCAACAGCGCUGCUGACGCCAUUACCGAUACUGCCAACAAAAACCUACCCGAUUCUGUCAAAGAGCAGCUUCCUGUUGCAGCCCAAGAGACCCUGGCCGCCAAGAACGAGGAGCAGAUUCGACAGGAAGUGUCCCCCGAGGUCCCCGUCGAGGUCAAGGAGUCCCUUGUCGAGGCCGGCAAGUCGCCCGAAGCUGCUGCUAAUACUGCCGCUGUUGAGGAUAAAAAGGAGGUCGAGACUGAGCUUCUCAAGGAGGUCAAGCCUGUCACCGGCAUUUAUGAUUCUGUUGUUGAGCAACCCAAAGAGGAACCAAAGCAGGUCUCCCCUGAGGUUCCUGUCGAGGUGAAGGACUCUAUUGCGGAGGCUGGCAAGAGUCCCGAAGCUGCUGCCAACACCGAGGCCGUCGAGGAAAAGAAGCUUGUUGAAGCUGAGCUUCUCAAGGAGGUUAAGCCUGCUGCGACCAUCGACGAGACCCCAAAGGUUGCUCCUGAAGUGCCCACCGAAGUCAAGGAGUCCAUCGUGGAGGCUGGCGAGCGCCCUGAGGCUGCUGCUAGCACAGAAGCUGUUGAGAACAAGAAGGAGGUCGAAGCUCAGCUUCUCAAAGAAGCCGAGCCUGUUCCUGCUGUUGACGAGGUCAAGCCUCAGAAGACUGAGUCUGCUGUUCCCGCUGUUGCUGCCCCUGUUACUGCUCCUCUUGAGACAAAGGCUGUGGAAGCCAAGCCUGAUGCUGAGCCUGUGACUAAGACCGAGGAGACCAAGUCCGAGGUUAAGACAGAAACCCCUGCUGUUGGUAAUGGCAGCUCAGCAACCGGUAACGGCACUACAGCAACUGGAAAUGGCGCCAAGGCUACAGAGACCAAGACCACAACACCAGCCAAUGGCAGCAGCUCAACAGCCAGUGGUGAGAAGAAGAAGAAGCACAACCGACUCAGCUCAAUCUUCAGCAAGAUCAAGCACAAGCUUUCCGACAAAUAGAUGAGAGAAAGAGGCAACUAAGCUAAUGUCGCAACGUUGUGGAGUCAGAUACGUCUCAUGGGUUUUUGUUUUCUUGCGGUUGGUGUCUUCGUUUAUCAAUGAUUCCCCUGAA